AUGUACAAGUGUGGCUGGGCGGGGUUAAGCGGCGGAGGGAUUGAGUGUUUGUGGUAUUUGGCAAGACACAGUCUUGUCAACCGGCUAAUUCGAGUCAAUUACCAGAGUCUAAAAGACUCGCUCGAGCAAAGCGUUUCAACUUUAACAGGCGGUGGCGACCGGCUAAUUCGCCCGAGCCCUGUCAGAGUGUUUAUUGUGCAAAUACAGACCACUCAGCCGAUAUCUGUUGGACAGAUGUGUGCAGCAAGACGCCAACGGACAAACACACCGAAAUACACACAGACAUGGGAACAAGGAGGGAGCGUCUCGGGCUCGACGGACAUCAGAUCAGGCGACAGGCGGGAUGAUGUUUGUCUUUUGAAAUGGAGAAAUUAUGGCACUCGUCGGCAAUUUUCAGACGACUCCUCGAUAGAGAUGGAGAGGGAGAGAGAGAGGGAGAAGGAAAGAGAGUGA